GUACUUUGGAUGUAUCUUCAUAAAGAAAUAAUUUCUCAUCGAUAGGGAUGGUUUUUUUCCAAUUUUACAUUAAAAAUUUAUACAUGUAUCGUUGCAUAAUCGAUACAUAACACCCUUAUCAAUUUGACAGCUAUUUUUCUUAUCUCAUGUUUGUAAACAACUUUGGCUAAAGUAAAGAAGGCCGCAGAUCACUUUCCUAAUUGAAAUGUUUUCUGGCCAUGCCCAUCUAAAAAGACGAACACCAGAAGGAGGAAUACCAAGGCCGGAUUAUAUUGAAUAUCUGGUUGAAGAGUAUCAUACCACCACCAACGUCGAGGCAAAGGAGCAAGUAACAGCGAACUUAGCUAACUUCGCUUAUGAUCCAAUUAAUUGGGAAUAUCUAAAAGAAGCUGGGGCAUUGGAAGUUUUUGAGGAAUGCACCAAGAGUCCAAACGAGCGAUUGCAACUUCAUGCGCUUGCUGGAUAUUGUAAUAUUUGUUUAGAUCCUGCAGCAUUCAAUUUUUUAACUAAGCCUGAAGUAAACUCUCAAGUCAAACUAUUACUACAGACAUCAGAAGCGACCGACCUUCAUCUUAAUUCCAUUGCUCUUUUCUAUCAACUAAUAACUGCGGACAAUUGCUCGCAAGAGGAAAAAAGUCGAGUCAUCACCCCGCAUUUGCUAAAGACAAUAACCAACUUGCGUAACCUAAGUCCGGAUCCACGUGUUAAGAACUUGGCUGCAUUGUUUUUUAUUAUAUUAGUCAAACGCUUCAGCCAGCACGAGUUAGACCAGUUUUCAUCUCUAACCGGCGAUAAUAAUCCUAUACAUAGUGUAGCGACACCAAUAUCUGAGCGUAAAGUGCAUGGUGCUUUCCUAAAUGCAAUUGUGGCUGGUAUUAUUGGUACGCAGUUGCCUGGGGCUGGAACAGUAGUGCUAAGUCAAAACUUUAGUUUCCCGCAUGCUUGCCGCGUUGAUGGCGAUGUCCACAUUUCAGUGCGUCUAGUGAAAGAGCGCAAAAUAUCACUAGUAGAAUACGAAUGCCGCCAAGGCGAAAAUGUAGUUUUUGUAGGCGAUGCUAAACUUUUAAUAAAACAAUAAAUUUUUAACAUA